CGUAAGUACCAUUGUGUCUACGUAAAUCGAAACGAGAGAAACGAGAAUUCGCCAUAUGGGUGACUUCGAUAUCUCGUGUAUCGAAGUCGAGUGAACGCGUUCGACGUAAACGACUACGUCGAGUUUGAACGGGCAGUGGCGUAUACGCCACCGGUUCUCGAAAUAGAAUUGCCUAAUCCCCGCUACCCCAUCGUCUUUCUAUGACGCCUUUUCGGGUCGCGCUUAGUUACCACUUCUCGAGGGGAGAACCCAGUCGUAAGCAACGCGAUAAACCAACGACAUGUGCGCCAAUCAACCGCGAACCGACCGCUCAACAAAUGUCUGUAUCAAGUACUCGGACAUUCCUGGAGAUAUUCGUAGAUAAUUCACACUACCGCCAAUAACAGUCACAAACUAUGACCUGAAUAUACCGAAGACUGACACGAUAUUCCACCCAGAGUCGUACUACCGUUGGACGUCACUACUCUUCUGCGUACGAUUCUGAUACAACACAUAUUUCGAGAAGACUGACGUGUCUGUUCCGCGAGAUAUCGAAAGGAAUACAGCUGUGAAUGCGGGGAGAAAGCGAUUUAAGAAAAAGCUCAAAAAAAAAAAAAAAAAACGAGUUCCUAGUUUUCAGAGAGAACGUCGAAAAGCUCUCUUCCGUGAAGCACUUUAAAUUCCAAGGAAUAGAGGAUGGACUGACAGAAAUAGAGGAUGUUGCACGUUGAAUAAUUAUACGUUCGUCCGGAGGCGAGAGCCACUUUACUUUGAUCGAGUCUGUUUCGUUAUUCGAGGAGUCGAAUGAGAUAAAGACAGGAGAAAACGUGCAUUUAUUCAGACUGGUUAAUUGGAUAGUAUUUUUAAAUUUUUUUUUUUUUUCUUUGGACGUUUUCGUUACGUCGACGUGGGUGACGUAUCUGUCAGUAGAGGCUAAUCUUAUACAGCGAAUGGUAUUAAAAGUUUCAUCUGGUUCCAGGUAUAUUUGGUACGACUGUACGUUGCUCCAAAUUUAUAUUGUGCUAAUUAUACCUUGGGACGCUGCUCUAACGUAUGGUUUGUCACCUUACGAGAAACGAGCAAACUCGAUGGUAACUAAACUCGAUAUUCCAGAUACAUUUGUGCACUCCGAUAAAUUCAACUGAAAAGAAAAGUGCUCGUACAAGAGUGUGAUAGUUAAUUGAUAUUAUUAUUAAAUAAUUUUUUAAAUAAUUAAUAAAAAGAAGCGCUUGGAUCUUAAGAAAAGUGACUCCUCUACGAUACAAGAGUCUAUUUUAUAAUUUCGAUACGUAAUAUCGAUACGACAAGAGAUUCUGAAAUCGCUUGAACACAGUAUAACACUGAUGCUGAAAAUAGAUGACGGAGACGCAGUAUCGCAGAAUUGCCGUCUUUCCGCGAGUAACUAUGUAAUAUAUGUACGGAUUUGUGAAAUACUCUCCGAAAAUAUUUUCGUUCGCAUCGAGGGCGUUCGAUCAAUUUUUAUAACAAAUUACGUAAUAAAAAGUGGCCAACGGAUCGUCAAAUAGCUGAAUGUAAUAAAAUUCAACGGAAACAAGUAGAAUAGUGCUUCCAUCUUUCGCGAAAUCGAUCGACCGUUCGAAUGUGCAGCGGAACGACACUGAGAAAAGAACGACGACGGAUUUUCUUCGCAAGGGAGGCGAAAAACAGUUCUGCGAAUGGAUCUUCGCAACGAAAUCGAUUAAACGCUCGGGACGAUGAUGUUUUGCGGUGGAUAACAGCGUGGAGAAGGUUGAAAAAAAAGGUGCGACAUGUACGGGCGUCAAGGCGAUUCGAAUAACACGCAACCACCAUGGUCGGUGCGUGCAGAAGUUACGAUUCGCCAUAGUACACCGGUAACCUCGGAAUCUAGUCAAGUACCUGUAGGUAUAUCUUCGACUGUCACGGAUUCGGGCGGUGUUCGUAUGAUAUAUCGAUGGAAUACUACCAGUCAAUCGUCUCCAUCAACGCCGACAAUUCCAGUCAUCACGACUUCCGGACCAUCCGUAUCUUCUGGCUCGUUUGGCUUUCAGCGAGGAAACAUAUUGUUCACUUCGACACCACCACCAAAAACCGCACAAGGAUCUUUCACGAUUCCACGAUCAGGACCGUCUGGAAAUGAUGAGCAUACGCCAUCUAGAGGACGUGGCGCGAACUUCUCGGAUUCAGGCUACAACAGUGAGCGAUUUUCACCUAAUUCGUACUCUAGUUUGCCUGUUCGUCGACCUUCCCAACAAUAUAAUCGUCGAUGCAGGAGCACGUGCAGUAUUGUACUGUCCGCUGUGGACAGUGCAGAUGGUUCAAAGGGAGAAAACUACAGCAAAAUAACCAGCAAUGAAACUGUCAAACAUUCGUAUGACAAUUCUUGGCGCCAUCCCUCGGCGUAUGUUUUCUCGCGGCAGCAAUUCACCACAGUACCAGAAGUUUGCGAGGACUGCCCGGAAGAUGGCGCUUCCAGUGCACAUGGAACGCAUUUUUGCAGUAGCGUAAAAGAGGAAGUUACAACAAAAUCGACCACGAUCAGCAAAGAUGCAUCUUCGCAAACGACGGAUAUAGAAUCCCGAGAAUUUUCGUCGAUAGUCGCUGAUAAAAACAAAGUGAGAAGGAGAGCUGCUACUGGUCUCCGUUCAUUGGACGAGCAGAAGAAAAAGAAGCCAGAAAGUCGAUCGCCAACCACAGCUUCAGAGACCACAAGCAUCGGUCCUUCAGCGGAAUCGGAAAAGUCUGAUUCCUCGACGAAAGAUGACAGUGCGAAGAAGAAAUCACGAACCGUGCAUAUCGACGUGUAUUGCACCGGGUCUGAUGACGACGAGAAUGUCGAUACAUCGAGUGAAAACGAAUGCGAAACUCCUAUGACCGUGUUCGAAAAUCCAGACGUGAAAGUGACACAUACUCAGGUAGGGAGUAACGUUUUGCCCAGGGGAUUUCAAGAUGACAAGGCUUUUCUGAAACGUGCCACGGAACGACGAUGUGACAGCUUUAAACACGCACCGAUGAGAAUGCCCUCUAUAGCCAGUUCAAAAGGUUACGAUAGUGACGAUGUUUUCAGCUCACUUUAUCCUUCGCAAUUUAGUUCUUACAGUGCUUUAAGAGAUCCUGAUUCGGUGCCUUGGUCUGCUGCGUCUUCCAAUGUGGGUAUUCCAUUCGAUUAUGAUUCGACUAUUGCUACCUCGGCCAAAGAUACAUUGUCUGACAUAGAAUCUUUGAUAAACACUAAAACAGACUUAACCCGUUGUGAUAGUUUCGAGUAUGCUAGUAGCACCGAUCGUGAAAGGAUACGCAAAAUGGAGGAAAUAUGGGCCAAGGCAGAGGACAAAGAGAAGCAUUGGCGUUCACCGCAAGUCGAGCGUAAAUAUUUGUUACGGAAUCGAAAGAUGAGAGAAUAUUUAAAAAAACACGAGGUAGGAUGGUCGUCGGGUGACAGUGACGAGGAAUCUGAUGAGAGCGGUGCCAUUGGGUGGAGUUUUAUGUCUGGCGAGGAAAAUCAAGAAGGAAUUAAAAAAACUUCGUCCUUUCGAAGAGCGAGUAAAUCUAUCGCUGAAGAUGGGGAAAGGAACGCAUGUAUAAUGGAAAAAGAACUUUCGAAGCAAAAGAAUUCGCAACAGUAUCAUUCUGAUUCCACGCAUAGCGACAGUAUUCCACAUAUGUAUACUUUUCGUGAUCAAAUCGGCUUAUUCGGUUCCAAGACUCCUUCCCCUCUUCCAUCAAAAGUACCUUCGAGAGUUACUUCUCCAUUUAUGACGUCUCAGGGUGAAAGAACCGACCAUAUUUUGAAAGCCUCUAUAUUCGGUGCAGUGGUGAACGCAUUUCGAAAGCCAGGCCAUCAUAUAGGACCUUCCAAGAAUCCUUCGUGUUCCUGCGAGCAUUGUCAAAGAUAUUUCGAGGAAUUGAAUUCACGAGAACGUUCGCGUUCUAUAAGCGAUUUCGAACGACAAAUGGGAUUUCGUUUAAAGAAUGAAAAAAGGAUAUUUCGUCCGAUCCCGAAAAAUGACAAUUCUUAAGACUUGAUAUUUCAUUAAUAUGUUUUUGAAGGUUUUUUUUUUUUUUUUUUUU